AUGCUCACUUUCUUACCUUGCUUGUACGUAGAUCAUAGUCAAUAAUGUCUCAAAAAGUGGGAAAACACAAUAAUAAAGUCUAUAAGGUCGUUUUAACAGGUGGACCCUGCGGAGGAAAGACUACUGGACAAGUAAGACUAUGUUCAUUCUUUGAGAACAUCGGUUGGAAGGUGUAUAGGGUUCCCGAAGCGGCUAAUACUCUCCUAUGCGGAGGAGUUAAGUUCACGAGUUUAUGUGAAGAAGAGAUUUACAAAUUUCAAGAAAAUCUUGUGAAAACAAUGUUACAAUUAGAAGAAACAUUUUUUGAAUUGGCAUCAACUUGCAAUCAGAAUUGCCUUGUAAUUUGUGAUCGUGGUGUCAUGGAUGCUACGGCCUAUAUGAAACCAGGACAAUGGGAUCGAAUGAAGGAAACAAACGAAUGGAAUGAAGUUGAAGUUAGAGAUAGUAGAUAUAAUCAGGUUAUACACAUGGUUUCAUCUGCACUUGGAGCUGAAAAAUAUUAUUCAAUUGAUGGUCAUGGUUGUCGAUCGGAAGAAUUAGAUUUCGCAAGAGCAUUAGAUCAGGCAGUAGCCAAUGCAUGGGUUGGACAUCCUUAUUACGACGUCAUUGAUAAUACGACAGACUUUGAACGCAAAUUGUCCAGGAUGAUAGAUUCCGUUUGCAAUCGUUUAGGAAUUGAUGUUAGCGAUCGUUUAGGUCCGAAUAGUAAAAAGAGAAAAUUCCUUAUUCGUUCUACACCACCAGAAGAGGCUUUUGAACAAUUUCAAGAUUUUAUUGUUGUUCACGACUAUCUCGUAACAUUAGAUAAUAAGCAGCAAGCAAGAGUUCGACGCAGAGGUCAACACGGACAUUGGACUUAUACACAUACUAUUCGUAAGAGUGUUGUUAACGCGGAUUUAGUUGAAAUUGUUGAGUCAAAAGUUCAAAUUUCAUCCAGGGAAUAUAAGCUUUUAAUUGCUCAAAGAGAUAAUUCACACUAUACUGUGUACAAGAAAAGGAGGUGUUUUCUAUGGGGUAACCAAUAUUUCCAAUUGGAUUUUUAUCAACCCCCUUGUCCAGCCAAAUGUGAUGAUCUGAUCAUUUUGGAGACUUACACUGCCAAGAGUGAUAAUUUGGAUCUUCCGUACUUUUUGGAGGUUGAAAAAGAGAUCACAACUGAUAAGGCUUACUCUAUGUAUAAUCUCUCUAAGAAGAGCGACUCCUCUUUCGAGAAUAAAACAAAUAGCGUAGCUACUCAUUAUUCAAUGGGUAAUUCAAAAAUGAACGGAACCGCAAUCGAUACCGAAAAAUAA